UACUCAGAGUCAAUCUACAAAGCAGGUGAUAUUAUUUGUUAAUACUCAUAGUCAAUCUUCACUUUCAUUAUAGGUAGAAGGAGAAAAGUUUUCUGGCAAUUUUACAACAAGAAAGAAAAAACAGUGAUAUGCAAAUUUUGCAAUAAACAGUUUGAGUUUUCAAAUGUGAAUAAAAUGGAAAAACACACAUUGAAGUGUUUACACUGUCAACUCCCAAAUCUUGAGUCAGUGUGCCAAUGUCAAUUUCAACCAGCAAAUCUGAAUCUUGCCAGCACAAUUCCGGAACGAGAAAUUCUAGAUCAUAUAUGCUUGAUUGUUUUGUUGAUAAUAUAUCAACCUCAGAAAAUAAAAUGUAUGUGUUCAAUGAGUUCAAAAGUAUAUAGACGAUAUUCAAAAGACCCUGGAAUAAGCAAACGAAGAGCAGCACUGUCCAACCCUUUAGAAUUAGAACAAGACUUCGAAAACCUAGAACUAGACGAUUUAGAGGCAGAUUUUAUGGACGUGCACAAAAGUUACAAAGAGCAUAGAAGAGAAAUGGUCCUAAAGAAAGAACGACUCAAAUAUCAGAUCGUUAAACAAAAAUACUUCAAAGAAAAAUUUCCGAACUUUUUAACCUGGAACGAUAAGGAACAAAUCAAGUUUCUUCAUAACAAGGAUCCUGAAGAAUGGACUGUUGAAAAAUUAUCUGAAAGUUUUCCGGCUUUACCAGAAACUGUGCAGAAAAUUUUAAAAGGCAAAUUUUUAAAAUCAGGUUCUAAGAUAAAAAAUCACGAUACUGUUGUUGAGAAAAACUGGGAAGAUUUGAAGGCAGGAAAAUUUGAAAAUUUACCUUCGGAUUUAAUAGAACAUUUAAAUAAAUUUACUGCUAGAAAAUUAAACACACAUGUGUUAAUAAAAAAGCAAGAAAUAAUCAACAGACCAAAAAUCAAAUCAGAAUUUUCAGAAAUAAUCACCAGCUAUGAAAAACUGAAAAACAAACAUUUAGACAAUGAAAUUAGUGAUAAUUUACAAUUAAACAUUAAAAAUGAAAAACAUGCUGACCAAGAUACAUAUUUACUCUUAGCAAAAAAGAAAAUGAAAGAUUUGUCACCUACAACCCUAUCACAUCUUCAAGAGGGUAUAAAAAACAAAGCAGUCAAAGGUAAUAAUUUGACGGAAGAAGAACAAAUUAUUUACGACGAAGCUGCGGUACUGCAACCAGAAGAAAAUGCCAUAGCCUUAAAUCAGGAAGACGUGGCAGCUCUUUCGGAAAAUAAGUAUAACACCGGCGCUGGAUCGUUGAUAAGAAAAACAGAGAGGGACUAUUCACAUCUCAUUUACCCAGAAAAAAUCGUUAUUCCUAAGGAACUAAAAAAACGGGGGUACACUUACAGAUUGAAUGAUUGUUAUUAUGAUGUUGAUGGAGAAUUUUUGUACAGGGUGCCAGGUAUGGAUAAAUAAAAGAUAUUUAAGUG